AUGGCAGAAAGAGUGCUCUCCCCGGAAGAGGUGUGGCUUCAAGACAGUGAAGCACGUCUCGAGUCGAUGGAAAUUCUGCUGAAAUCUGUGCGCCGAGAUAUUGAUGCUCUCAGUGAAAAACUUCCCUCCCCUCGUCCAGGCACUCGUAGGACCUUUCAGCAGGAGGGACCUGUUGUUUACGAGUCAGGAGGCGAGGAUUAUGUAUUGCGGAUUGACAAACGACCCAGGUGCUAUCAAAACCUUGGUCUCGGAUCGCAUACCACAAUGGAGCCGUUCGAUGAUGAGGAGGACACCGAGAGGCCUACAAGUAAAACUCGCCUUCAAAAGUCGUGGAGAUCGCCCGCCGAUUUUCGACCGGUUGACUCACCGCCCGAUUCACCGACAUUCGGUGAAAGCAGUAACAUAAUUUCCCUCAAUGAUAUUAUCCUUAACAGUGAUGAUACCCUUCCAAGCUCUCAAAAAGCGGAACCGAGUAGGGUAGUUCCUCUCCUAGGCAGCCUGCAUUCACUGCCUACGAUAGAAGAGAACUCACAGGAGGAUAACACCGACACCUCCAUAUCGACUGCGGAGGAUUUGAAAUCAGCUGACUACUCAGCGUCAGCUGUCUGUGGUAUGGCUUCAUCUGACACAAUCAUUGGCCCAAUGCGUGAGCCACUAUCGAAUAAAACCAGAUCGAAGUGCUCCCUCGAUGAAGUAAUGAAUUUAUCGCAAGAACAGAUAAAAUCUGCUCAAUCUCCGUUAAGUCGAUCGCGCUCGCAGAGUCCCUUCAUCACCGAUCCCGACUUCCUUCGAUAUUCACGCACCUCUCUGCGCAGUCGUGAUAGCACGGUGAGCGAGACGGACUCCUUUGUGACUGUGAACAGUCAGUUUUUCCCCUCGGGCGAAGAGGCCUACGUCACUGCGUGCAGUGACACCGAAAGCUUGGGUGAUUCACCCGAUGGAGGACGUGUCCCUAGCCGGGAGAGGAUGCAAAAAAAGAUGUUAGUUCUACAGCAAAAUCCCCCCUCAGAGUGUCAAAAUCAAUCCGAGGAUGUUUUGGAAUUCACCCUUGUCGAAGCCAACAUGUGCAAAACACCAGUUCCUGAAAAGGAAAGUCCGUUUCCCAGGAAGACGGGCGAAUCCGCUGAACAACCAGACGCCUAUGUAAAGAAACCCAUCAAGCGACGUACCCUUCGAAAACGAAGACCAGACGACUCGCCGAGUGAUGACGGCGAGGGUGACACAUCCUCAUCUUUUACUUGUGAUGAAGGCGUCUACAAUGCAGUGGCCGCCAGGCUAGUAGGUGCUACCACAACGUACAAGCAUGAAGAGUUACCAAUCACUAUUCUACCCGGUCGACUCUCGUGCAUUGAAGAGGUGAACCGCCUUUCCAAUGGCAUUGACUCGCCUGAUGGGGAAGAGGACAUCGUCGUUCACUAUGGGGAUGACGAGAGAGAGGAUGAAAUGAAGUAUGUGUAUGGUGAGCCUGGGCACAAAACCCAACAGCCCAACAUUCCGGAAGUGGUGCUGACUCAUCUAGGCAACGUCCUUCCCACCAGUGGGAAGAACGAAACAAUCGGUUUUGAUGAAAGUGAGUCAUUUUAG